GCAUCAUCACGGUUCCUGAGGUAUAAUUUGGGUUACGCUGGACGCGGGUUUCUUGUUGCGGGCGCUCGGUUUUUGAAGUUAAAAUGAAUGAUUGGAGUCCUAUAGCCAAGCAAUAUGAUCCUCUUAAAGCUGGAAGUAUUGAUGGCACAGAUGAGGAGCCUCACGAUCGAGCUGUACAACGGGCAAUGCUGGCCCGUUAUGUACCAAACAAAGGCGUUGUUGGGGACCCCCUUCUGACGCUGUUUGUUGCUAGAUUAAGCCCACAGACCACAGAGGAAAAAUUAAGGGAGGUUUUUUCUCGUUAUGGAGACAUCCAGAGGCUUCGGUUGGUUAGAGAUUUUAUAACUGGAUUUUCAAAGGGCUAUGCCUUCAUUGAGUAUAAACAAGAAAAUGCAAUAAUGAAAGCUCACCGAGAUGCCAACAAGUUGGUGAUUGAUCAGCGUGACGUCUUUGUUGACUUUGAACUGGAGAGAAUUUUGAAAGGAUGGAUUCCUCGUAGGCUUGGGGGAGGCUUUGGUGGCAAGAAGGAAUCUGGUCAACUCCGGUUUGGGGGCAGAGACCGUCCAUUUCGCAAACCCAUCAAUUUGCCAACAUUUGCAAAUCAUAAUAUGGAAGGGCGUGGAGAAAAGAGAUAUAGAUCUCGUUCUAUAGAAAGAAUGCAGGAAUGGAGACUCAAGAAAACAGAGUAUGAAAGGGACAGAGGGAGAGACGCACGAUGGCAAGAGAAAGACAGAUCACAAAGCAGGGUUGAUAAAGACCAGACUGCAGAUACACAUUACAAGGAAGACAGAAGAAGAAAUGAGAGAGAUAGAAGAAAGAAAGAUAGUAAACGAGAGCGAAGCAGAGAAAGAGAUUACAGAAAAAGCAGAGAUGAAGAUCGAUAGUGGCUUUUUUUUUCUUGUACUGUAUUUUUCAUAAGUAUUAUUAUUUGUGUUUAGCAUCACUAUAUUACCUUAACGUAAGGUUAACUCAUCUCUUACUUAUCCAUCUUAAUUGUCAUUGAAGGUUAUCCUGUGUGAAAUUAGGAAUGUGUAAUGCAGCUAUUUAUUAAAACAAAAAAAAGUGGAUGUCUGA